AUGGGAAUGCCUUUGGAGCUCAUGACAGGCAUUGACUUGUCAAUGAAUCAUCUGUCAGGCACCAUCCCUAGCCCAAUCGGGUUCUUGAGACAGCUCAAAUCACUGAACCUAUCGCACAACAAGCUUGUUGGUUCAAUACCGGACACUUUCAUAUACCUUCUAGAGAUGGAGAGCAUGGACCUCUCACACAAUCAUCUCAAUGGGAGUCUCCCAGUAGAGCUGGGCAACCUCUCCUUCCUGAGCUUCUUCAGUGUUUCCCAUAACAAUCUCUCUGGUGAGAUUCCCUUUGAAUCACAGCUUUGUACAUUCAGCAGAACCGCAUUUGAAGGGAAUGAGAAACUUUGUGGAGAAAUCAUUGACAAGACUUGCACGGUGAAUUUGGGCCGCUCAGGUGACAGUGAUGGUGAAAUGCAUCGGUUGCUAUCAACUGAUACCAUGGACACGCCACUGAUCUACUGGUCUUUUGUUGCUGGGUCCUUUGCCCUUGGAUUUUGGGGCAUCAUCACAUUACUCGUAUGGAAUACAGCUUGCCGGAAUAGGUUCUGCAGCCUCACGGAUGGAUGCAUGUCAAAGAUGGGUUGGUUUCUUGUGCCUUGA